GUUCUCAGCUGAAGUGUGUCCUUUUAAAUCACCCAUAUUCUUUGUUUUCAUUAAGUGAAAUUCUGUGAAUCUCGAACAGUGAGUUUUGUACUUUCUUUUGGGGUUACCAAUUGCUUAAAAAGUUUAUAACACAUGAACUGUAGUAAAGAUGUGUGCUGGCGUAGCUACUGUUCCGUAUUAUGUUACGACAAGAGUAUGAAAUUUUGUGUCAAGCCGAAAAGGAUAUUCCACGAAUACGAUUGGUCAAGAUCAAAAAAAGUCACUGAAAAGGAAAUCCGUCUUUGGCACAAAGGGUUCCUGAAAGACUGUCCAAACGGUCUCCUCACGGAACAGGGCUUCAUAAAGAUAUACAAACAAUUUUUCCCUCAAGGUGAUCCUAGCAAGUUCGCAUCCCUAGUAUUUCGGGUAUUCGACGAAAACAAUGAUGGAUCCAUCGAGUUUGAAGAAUUCAUACGAGCGUUAUCGGUGACGUCAAGGGGCAAUUUGGAUGAAAAACUACAUUGGGCUUUCCGCCUUUACGACGUGGACAAUGAUGGAUACAUUACUCGAGAUGAAAUGUAUAAUAUAGUCGAUGCAAUCUAUCAAAUGGUGGGCCAAACGCCGCAGCCCGAGGACGAAAACACACCACAAAAACGCGUCGACAAGAUCUUCGACCAAAUGGACAAAAACCACGAUGACCGUCUGACACUGGAGGAAUUCCGCGAAGGCAGCAAAGCGGAUCCUCGCAUUGUACAAGCUUUGUCACUCGGGGGCGAUUAAUCCACGGUCAUACUCUCGCCGGACUUCACACUCACUUAAGAGCUACUACUGUUAUCUGCAACGCCGUGUGUAGGUACUUACUAGGUUUUACUUUCUUGUAAAAUACUCCACUUCCGCUAAUAAGCUUACCUACAUCUAAUAAUUAAUGUGUACACUUAUGGUUUAGUCAUAAGUCGCACGUACUUGUGACUAUUCUUCGCGCCAUUCUUUCAACUACAAUAGUACUUACUUACUAUAUUUGACGACUAUGUACUUUACUUUUUAUAUAUUUUACUAUGAUUAAUAUUUUUUUCUUUACCUGAUAAUAUAAAAUGAGCUAGAUAAACUCGUCCAUAUAUAUCUAUUCCGCACACGGUAGAUGUAUGUUUAUUUUUAUCUAAUUAUUAUAGGUCGACAUGAAUUCCGGACAGAGUACAAUAUUACAAUUUACAUUACCUAUUCACACUAUUGCUUCUCAGUCGUAUUCUCGCUGUGUCAUUAAACAUGUUUUUUUUGUUA